AUGUCUUCUUUCCAAGAUCUCGAUUCCUCUUUCGACUACAUUGUUGUAGGUGGUGGAACAGCGGGUCUAGUUGUGGCUUCUCGCCUUAGCGAAGACAACGGCACUCGUGUUCUAGUUGUUGAAGCUGGUGCCGACAAGAGCGCGGACCCUUUGGUCUUGACGCCUGGCUUAGUGGCAGGCGUCUAUGGAAAGGAUGAAUAUGACUGGAAUUUCACCUCAGUGCCUCAGCCUGGUUUGAACAACCGAAGAAUUAACCAAGCACGAGGCAAAAUGCUUGGAGGCAGCUCUGCCUUAAACUUCAUGUUGAUGCUGUAUCCAUCAAGGGGAGUUUUAGAUGCCUGGGGUGCGCUGGGCAACGCCGGCUGGAGUUUCGACGAGCUGGCGCCUUAUUUCCGCAAGUUUGGCACUGAUCAUCCUCCUCCCCAGUCCGCAAAGGACAUAGUUGGGCUGGACUACCACGAUCAAACUUUGAGCGGAAAAGGCCCAAUUCAGGUCUCCUUUGGCGAAGGCUACAGCUCUAUGAACGCUGCGUGGAUGAGCACAUUCGAUAAGCUUGGCCUUGGCGUGACUGGUGAUCCUCGGAGUGGGAAGGCCUAUGGUGCUUUUCAGAACCCGUGCAGCAUUGAUCCGGAGAACAAGACGAGAAGCUUCGCGGCGAGCGCUUAUUACACACCGGAAGUGGCUGCACGACCAAACCUGGUAGUCUUGACCGAGACACAGGUCAGGAAAGUCAUCUUUGAUACUGCCGGAGACGGUGUAUCUGCGACUGGCGUUCUCAUUGUUAGCAAGGCCGGCGAGGAGAAGAUAAUCGAGGCGAAAGGGGAAGUGAUCCUUGCUGCAGGAACUCUCCAAACACCUCAGCUAUUGGAGCUGUCUGGCGUUGGUGGAAGAGACUUGCUCGAGAGCCACGGCAUUCCUGUGGUGAUUGAUAAUUCCAAUGUUGGAGAGAACUUGCAGGAUCACCCGAUUGUCUGCCAAAGCUUUGAGGUCAAUGAAGGAGUGCCGUCAGCGGAUGUUCUCCGAGACGGAAACAUCCUCAACGCUGUUGUCGGCCAGUAUAUGGCCACGCGUGAGGGCCCACUGGGACAGAGCACAAUUAGCGCUGCUUACACGCCUCUCGCCGACAACAACGGGCUGUUGUCAGGAGACGCAAAGAAGUCUCUUCUGGCUACACAUGGAAAGCAUGCGAGCUCGCCGACUGGAAAGCUUGUGCGCUCUCUUAUCGAGACAUUGGACGAGCCAAGCAGCGAAUACCUGCUUUUUCCUUCUCAAAUUACGAUUAAUGAUCAUCCAGCCAACAUGGCCGACCCUGAUUUCAAAGCGUUGCCAACAUGGGACCCGAAAUACAACUCAAAUCCCCUCGACCUGGAGCUUCUGGCCCGCAACGUUCAAUUUGUCGAGCGAAUCGUAGGCACUGAACCUUUCAGCUCGCUACUCAAGCCUGGAGGAAAACGCUUGCCCGAGUUGAUGGGCGACAACUUGGAGACUGCCAAGGAGAUUGAGGAUGGUGGCGUUGUUGACGAGCGACUAAGGCUCUAUGGGGCGAAGAAUCUUCGCAUUGUCGAUGCCAGUGUCUUCCCGAUUGAGCCCUUGGGUAACAUCCAGAGCACUGUUUAUGCGGUUGCCGAAAGGGCCGCUGACAUCAUAAAAGAAGAUAUGAUGACUGCUAGAGUCCAGGGUUAA